GCUCAGAGCCACACCGCGCGAUUAACGCGUCCGCCAUGCAUCAGGCGCCGCCGGUGAAAGAAGAAUAACAGCAAACACGCCGAUUAAAUCCCGAAGAAACGCGCGGCGAGCCAUCCUUUACCGCGUCCCGAGGGCCAUCAGCGUUUGUGCAGCGGCAGGGAGAGAUACACCCAGACAGAGAGAGAGAGGGAGAGAGAUCCACUGACUGAAGCUCAGGAUGGAGUGGCAGCCGGAUGAACAGGGUUUACAGCAGGUGCUGCAGCUGUUGAAGGACUCUCAGUCUCCGGAUACGGCCACACAGAGAGCCGUUCAAGAGAAACUGGAGCAGCUGAAUCAGUUUCCCGACUUCAACAACUAUCUCAUCUUCGUCCUCACCAGCCUCAAAUCUGAAGACGAGCCCACCCGUUCUCUGAGCGGUCUGAUUCUCAAGAACAACGUGAAGGCUCACUACCAGAACUUCCCUCCGGCCGUGGCCGACUUCAUCAAGCGAGAGUGUCUCAACAACAUCGGAGACCCGUCCCCGCUCAUCCGUGCCACCAUCGGUAUUCUCAUCACUACUAUCGCCUCUAAAGGGGAGCUGCAGACAUGGCCUGAGCUGCUGCCUCAACUCUGCAACCUCCUCAACUCGGAGGAUUACAACACCUGCGAGGGGUCUUUUGGUGCGCUGCAGAAGAUCUGUGAGGACUCGUCUGAACUGCUGGAUAGUGACGCUCUGAAUCGACCCCUCAACAUCAUGAUCCCCAAAUUCCUGCAGUUCUUCAAACACUGCAGCCCCAAGAUCAGGUCUCAUGCCAUAGCGUGUGUGAAUCAGUUCAUUAUUGGCAGGGCUCAGGCUCUCAUGGACAACAUCGACACAUUCAUAGAGUCUCUGUUUGCGUUGGCGGGUGAUGAAGACUGCGAGGUGAGGAAGAACGUGUGCAGAGCUCUGGUCAUGCUGUUGGAGGUCCGAAUUGACCGCCUGAUUCCGCACAUGCACAGUAUCAUACAGUACAUGCUGCAGCGCACUCAGGACGCGGAUGAGAACGUGGCGCUGGAGGCCUGUGAAUUCUGGCUGACUCUGGCCGAGCAGCCCAUCUGUAAAGAGGCUCUGUCAGGACACCUGGUCCAACUCAUCCCCAUCCUGGUGAACGGAAUGAAGUAUUCUGAGAUUGACAUCAUUUUAUUGAAGGUGAGUCACCAUAAAUGUGACCCUGGAGCACAAAACCAGAGCAGCGAGCGCUGUGUAAUCCUCUACGACGCCAUCGGCACCCUGGCAGACUCCGUCGGACAUCAUCUGAACCAACCGGAAUACAUCCAGAAACUGAUGCCUCCUCUGAUCCAGAAGUGGAAUGAACUGAAAGACGAGGAUAAAGACCUGUUUCCUCUACUGGAGUGUUUGUCGUCUGUGGCUACGGCGUUACAGAGCGGUUUCCUCCCGUACUGUGAGCCCGUCUAUCAGCGGUGUGUUACUCUGGUGCAGAAAACACUCGCACAAGCCAUGAUGUACAGCCAGCAGCCGGAUCAGUAUGAGGCUCCAGAUAAGGACUUCAUGAUAGUCGCUCUGGAUCUGCUCAGCGGUCUGGCCGAAGGUCUCGGGGGUCAUGUGGACCAACUGGUUGCCCGCAGCAACAUUAUGACCCUUCUGUUCCAGUGUAUGCAGGACACUAUGCCUGAGGUGAGGCAGAGCUCAUUUGCUUUGCUGGGUGAUCUGACCAAGGCCUGUUUUCCACACGUCAAACCCUGCAUCGCUGAGUUCAUGCCGAUCCUGGGGACGAAUCUGAACCCCGAGUUCAUCUCAGUGUGUAACAACGCAACCUGGGCCAUCGGAGAGAUCUGCAUGCAGAUGGGUGUGGAGAUGCAGCCGUAUGUUGCUCUGGUUCUUCCUCAUCUGGUGGAGAUUAUUAACAGACCCAACACUCCCAAAACCCUGCUGGAGAACACGGCCAUCACGAUUGGUCGCCUGGGUUACGUCUGUCCACAGGAAGUGGCUCCCAUGUUGCAACAGUUCAUCAGACCCUGGUGCACAUCGUUACGAAACAUCAGAGAUAAUGAAGAAAAGGACUCGGCCUUCAGAGGCAUCUGUGUGAUGAUUGGUGUGAACCCUGGCGGUGUGGUCCAGGACUUCAUCUUCUUCUGUGAUGCAGUGGCCUCCUGGGUCAGCCCUAAAGAUGACCUGAGGGACAUGUUCUGCAAGAUCCUACAUGGGUUUAAGGACCAGGUCGGAGAGGAGAACUGGCAGCAGUUCUCGGAGCAGUUUCCGCCAAUCCUGAAGGAACGCCUCUCUGCAUGCUAUGGCGUGUAACCCCACCCCUCUGCUUCACACACAGCACAUGCUGUCAGUUGAACCUUUAGGAGGGGGGAACUCAUCCAUCUGUGUAUUGCACUGCCCUGAUCGUGGGGGAGAGGGACGCGAUUGGCCGCUCCGCCUGACGGACAGAUCCCACGCCCUUUGUGUGUCCAU